AUGUUAACUAUAGUGCAUUUUCCAGGUACUCAACCCAACACUGAUGGCACAACCUGCCAGCCGUGUGGGACACUUGACUGCUUCUGCCAGAGUACUCCUUCAAUAUGCGAGUCAUCGCAAGCUCUGCCUUCAGUGGAUCCCAGGAUUCGCCUGCUUUCCGGGACUGCCGUUCGAUCUUCCUUUGUGGCUGACAUGCUGGAGUCUACAGAGGCCAAGUGCACUGCUGGUAGCGAAGUUCACUGCCAGGCUCUCGUUAAUCUGUGCGUUCUGCAAAAUUUCGACACCUCAGACGGAACAGCAUGCGACGCCAUAGAAAAUAUCAGAAAUCGCCAGCCAGAUGGUCCAGCUCCCCCACUAUUCUUUCUUGGAGACGCCGACCUUGAGCUUCAUCGAGACCUUGCCAUUACACAACAUUUUAUGUUCGGCAGUGGUCCUGCUGGUAAACUGGAGAUUCUGCUCACACGGUACGCUCUGAACGGCACCUUUCUUGGCAUGUCUGAAGCCAGCGCGGUUCUUACAGCAAUGUGCCCAUUCCGAAAUACAUUACGC